AUGGACGUUGCUCUCAGUAGCAUGAUGGGUCUUGCGUUUGCUGAGCAUCUCAGUGCAUUCGCCAACUCAAAAGGGGUGAAAUUGGGAACAAUCACCAAAAUUGAGCAAAACCCCGAUCAGUCGAAACAUUUGGAGACUGCAACCUUGAAGAUAUUCGGGCUCGAUAUUGAUCUUGUCAAUCUGCGCAGCGAAGAGUAUGCCGCUGGGAGCAGGAUCCCAUGUGGAGUGUCAUUUGGAACCCCGCUGGAGGAUGCGCUACGAAGAGAUAUCACCAUCAAUGCUUUAUUCUACAAUGUUGAAACUAGCAUGGUUGAAGAUUUUACGGGAAAGGGAGUGGAUGACUUGCGAAACGGUAUCAUUCGGACGCCUAUGCCACCUAUGGAAACUUUUCAGGACGACCCGCUCCGUGUUCUACGUUGUAUAAGAUUUGCUAGUAGGUUCGGGUUUGAAGUUGUCAGCGAUAUUGAAGAAGCAGCCAAAAGUCCAAUUAUUCAGAAAGCAUUGGUCGAAAAGGUCGCCCGAGAAAGGGUAGGUGAUGAAGUUAGUAAAAUGAUAACGGGAAGGAAUCCCCUUCAAUCUGCCAACCUUAUCCAUCAACUUGCACUCUAUCCUUCCAUUUUUUGCGUGGUACCACCGGAUGCAAAAUCCUCAAUGGCUGAUGUAAACCUCAUGCAAGAUUAUCCCAAUGUUGCCCUGGGUUCUGCUGUUAUUCUAAACUCACUGUUGUCACUCGAUUCCGCUCUGGGAUUUAGGGUACACCCGGCUUUGUUGUCAAACGUCAAGGAUGAUUCAUCCGCGAAAGCCCGCAUCAUGCUUGCCACGCUUUUAACACCGUUUGUGGGGAUGACGUUCCUCGAUAAGAAAAAGAAAAUUCAUCCGGUUGUGGCUAGUGUAAUUCGCGAUUCGCUGAAACUAGGAUCUCAGAAUCAUUUCUUAGAUGGCAUACCUGCCUUGUUUUCAAGCUUGUCUGUUAUCAAGGAACACGUGGAAAGUCAUGAACAAAAUCGUCUGGGACGCGCAAAGAUGGGCCUUUUUCUUCGACACAAAUUUGUCCACAAUCCGAACAUUGGAAACCACUGGACAUCGUCUUUAUUGUUCUCUCUAGUAACUCGUCUGCGACCGCUUUAUGAUUUACAGAAUGACAUUUUCGAUAUUGAAGCUGCCUCAAGGAUUGUUACAAGCUAUAAUUCCCUUUUGGACACAGUAUUUGAUUUUGCAUUGCAACAGGACAUUGACGCUAAACCAUUGCUUAAUGGGCGCGAGGUUGGAACGGCAUUUGGCGUAUCAAAACCUGGGCCAUGGAUAGGAAAAGUGUUGGAAGACGUUGUCGAGUGGCAACUUGGUCAUCCAAAAAGUUCAAAAAGCGAUUGUCUGCAGUGGUUGCAAAGUCGUGGUAUCCAAUCAUAUAUAUCUGACGCUGGUGACAGCGAAAAGGUCCAGGCACCUACGAAGCGACUUCGCACGAAGUGA